GCGGGCAGGCAGGCGGGCGGGCAGCAGGCGGGGGUGGCCGCCCGCCCCCGGAGUCGAGCAGGCCUCUGGAUGGGCUCUGGGAGUUUCCAGACACAGUCCUGGCUAGAAUUUGGCCCAAGUCCUGAAAACUCUGCCCGCGGACCAGAGGGACGCUCUGGCUGUGUGGGGACGGGAAAGGGACUUCCCCGCCUUGUUGUGUCCAGCCGGGGCUCCGGGAGCAUUUUAAUGAAGAAGUUAAGUGAGCUGGGAGGUGCCCAGCGGACCCCUGUCCUGCAGAGCGGGGGCGGCCUUUGCUGGUUCCAUGCCAGCCUGGGGCCUCGUGCUCCUCCCCUCCCCACCCCCCUCCCCAUCUCAGACUUGGCAGCCUUGGGUCCCCACACCAGCUCGCCCACUUUCUUCUCCCAUCUCAGACACCGAGACGGACCCCCCUCUCUCAGGGCUCCCUCCAGGGGAGGAGCCAGCCUCCUCACCCCUCCUGAGACCCCACAAGGGGAAGAAACACCUGCAUGUCCCGGGGGGGGGGACUCCAAUCCGCCUGGCAGGACCCGUCCUCUCCCCGGGAAGAGGGGUGCAGGUCCGUGGGUGGGUUUGUUCCCCCUCUGUCUAAGGGCCUUGAAAAUCAAGGUUAGUGGCGGUUUCUGGCCAAGGGAGUCAGCAAGGUUUCCCCAGGGUGCCGAGAGGGGUGCCCAGCGGUGUCCGGUCUGCCUUCGCCAGCUCCGCUCAGGUGAGGCCGUGCCUGCCCCGGAUGGACAGGCGCGUUCUGCGGACAGAGGCACAGACGGACAACACUGCUCCAGGCCCUGCCCAGCCCUCUGCCGGGGAGGUCCAGCCAGGGUCACUCCCCACCCCUGCUCUGCCGGGACCCUCAGGGACUGGCUGGGCACAGGACGCCGGGCGGGGCAGGAGCAAGACAGAACAUACAGCGUAUGGAAGGAAGGGCAGAGUCGGGGAGCCCCGGGCCGGACGCCCACCCCUGCCCCUCAGUGCCACGGGACCUGGGGGACGCAGGCUGCUUGACUUCUGUCCGCCGAAAAGUGGGGAUACCAGAGUCCCCACCUCAAAGGUAGUUCAUUCGGUACCUAUUCCUGGAGCACCCACGUUAUGCCACAUACUGUCCUAGGCCCGGAGAACAGACGGUGGCCAAAAGAGAGCGCCCUGGCGGAGCUUCCGUGCCCGCGCUGUUACAGAGACCCGAGGCGCAGGGCCCAGCCCUGCGGUCCGGCGCACAGGAAGCGCUCGACACAUGUGACCGGUCCUGCGCUCCCAGAGCCCUGCGCUCAAGGAGCCAGGGAGAGACCCAGCGAUUCUGCUCCUGGGAACACACCCCAGAGCGCGGAGAAGACGGACUCCAGCCAACACGCGUGCGUCGCCGUUCACAGCCGCUCUACGCACACUCGCCGAAAGGUGGACACGCACCAGCCGUCCGUCCGUCCGUCCGUCCACCCACGGAUGGCCGGGUAAACGACACGUGGCCCAACCGCACGAGGGGCUCUUACUCAGCCGCGGAAAGGAGGAAACUCUCCCGUAGGCUACGCCAGAGACGACGAACCUUGAAGACGCGUAUGUACGCGCAGGCAGAGAAGCCAGGCGCGGCAGACCACGUGCCGUGUGGUUCCGUGUCUAGGGAGUGUCCAGAGUGAGCCAGCCCGCAGGGGCAGAAGGCGGCGCAACAAGGAAGGCGAGGAAGCAGGAGCAGCAGCAGUGGGAGAGGAGGAGGAGGAGGAGGAUACCCGCCCCCCCGUGGCAGCCCAGCCUGCGUGUUAGAAAAGCCAGUCGAGGCAGCGGGAAGGCGAAUCCACCGUCGCAGGUGGGUCUGCUUGCCCUCUGGUCCCCAGGACAGCGUGGACCACGACCGCCCGACGGGUAUGCCUGAGGCCAUGCCAGACCUUUGCAGGAAGGGACAGCAGAGGAAGGCCAGGCCUGCUCCCGUGAUGGGCCUCGCCCCCAGGGCACGCCCCUCAAGGGCCCACGACUCCGCAUCCCCAGUGCUGCCGGUCCCCUGCACACGCACACACCGAGUCUCCUCUCACGCGUGGGUCCCAACACACGCACCGCCCAGCCCACCCCGGUCUCUGCCAGGCUCCCAGGGAACCUCUGCAGCUGCCCAGCAGCUUGGGUGACCAGCCGCCCGCCCUCUGGCUGGAGGAGGAGGGCCUGAGCCAGUGCCUCUCCACCCCCGGGACCCUAGGACACCCCAAGUCUGGGGAGCUCUACCUUGCAGGGAGAGCCAAGGAUAACCAGAGCCAGGCCUUGGGGGCAGCCCCCCAACCCUCAGCGUGCCCCCCACCCCCGCCUGCUCCCGAAUGCUGUGCACACAGAAACCCUUGCCUUGGCCCCGGAACUGUCAGGAGAUCGACAAACAAAAGCUGCUUCUUGACAGGGAGUCAUUUAUAUUUUAGCUUCGUUCCAUUAUCCUAACGAAUCCUUCAUCAGCAGAUGCAAUAUUAACAGCAGAAAAUCAGCUCAUUACAUCUGGGGGGAUUUCAUCAAGACAGCAAUCAUCUCCGCGGCUCCCCAAGCCUUCCAGAGGCCAGUGUGGCUGUUAUUUAUUUAUUUUGUUACUUAUUUAUUUCAUUUUUGGGGUUCUUGCCACGUAAUUGCACCGCGGCUCAGAUCU